CGCCGAAGUGGAUUAAUUAUUCCCGAAGAUAAGGGAUUGCUGCCGAACCUCACUACGCACUGAUGAAUGGCACUAGCCUCGAACCCGCGCAAAAGGGUAGUUCAGUGCGAUGUCGGGACCUUUGUGUGAUUGGUAACACAAUGGUUGCAUAAAUCUGAGAUCGGCCAUUUGUUAGCAAGUUCCACGUCAAUCGUUCCGAUCCACGUGCAGUUCUCGGUAGUUCAGUCUGGUCGGUGUUGGGUGAUUUCCUGAUACGAUAUACUACCAGGCUCCCAACCACCAGAUUACAAGAUGAACAGAACUUGCCCGUAGCGUGUUCACUCUCAUCAUGAAGAAAGUGCAAAUUGGCUAUGGAGUCGACGUCGAUGCUGUGUCCGGCUGGAUCGGGUCAUACGGCGGCGAGGACUCGAUUUGCGAUAUAUCUCGAGGACUGCAGGCGGGAGAAGUCAACGUACAUCGACUGCUCAAGAUGUUCAAGAAGUAUAACAUGACACAAACAUUCUAUAUCCCGGGCCACUCACUGGAGACCUUCCCGAAAGAAUGCGUCGCAAUUCGAGAUGCUGGACAUGAGAUUGGACUGCAUGGAUACUCGCACGAAGAGCCGAACAAGCUCUCUGCACAGCAGCAGGAAGACAUUUUCAACCACACGUAUGAGUUGCUCACCAAGUUCAUCGGCGAACCUCCCAAAGGCAUCGUGACACCAAUGUGUCAGAUCUCAGCGGCCUCGGCACAACUUCUCGUGGAUAAAGGUAUCGAGUAUGAUCACAGUGCGAUGCAUAGAGAUUGUGUUCCAUACUACCUUCGAGUGGGUGAUCAAUGGGAGAAGGUUGACCCAAGCAAACCGGCUUCGUCCUGGAUGAAGCCUCUUGUCCGUGGCAAACUUACUGAUCUGGUUGAGAUUCCCAUGAACUGGUUCCAAGACGAUUUCAUCCCUCUGACAUUCGUGCAAAACAUGCCCAACUGCGGCGGAUGGCAGGACCCCGAUACAAUCAUCAAGAUCUGGAAAGAGAGGUUUGAGUACUUCUACCGAGAGUACGACUAUUUCAUCUUUCCCAUGUGCAUUCAUCCUGAUGCCAGUGGUCAUCCGCAUGUGAUACUGGCACAUGAAAGAUUUAUCGAAUGGGUGAACACGCACGAAGGAGUCGAGUGGGUUCCGAUAUAUAAGAUGGCCAGGACCUUUCGAGAAAUGUAUCCAACGAAGGAGGAAUGGCUGAAGGCAGAAGAAGCGAAUGGAACCACGGUUUGAUGACAUAGAGACAUAUACCAUGGCUGAGGACUGUAUGAUUUUGGGAGCUUGAUAUGUCUGUAUGACGCUGUCUCGAUAACAGAAGCCGGUUUGCAGGAUGUCGUUCAAAGCAUUAUCAACGUGAUGGUGCUGAAUGCUCAAACCUACCAGUCGUGAGAGUUGUAAAAUGGGAUGGAGUUUAAAGGGACGACUUUAACCCUAACUUAGACUCUUAAGUGUCAGCAGAACAGUCCCAAGCCCAAAAGACCUUAGCUUAGGGUUAGUGCCCAGGUAGUGAUAUACAUGUAUAGCCCGACUGGC